CAUCACGCUGCACAAUGGUUUCCAUGCAGUGAAAGAGGGUGAUUCAGCAAGACACCCCCCCCUUUUAUUUUUAUGGGGGGGUGCUUGUCAUAAGCCUUCCUUUUUUCUUUUCUCCCCCCCUCUUUUGUUAUUCUUCCCCAUCCCUCUUCACUCCUAGAGGUUUAAGUAAUUAAAAAAAUUGGAUUUCCUGGAAAUCACCUGUCCAUCUUUAAUUCUAGACAUCCCUUCCUCUCGGAGCGCCUCUUCCUCAUUCCGGUUCAGAAUGUGGCCCAGGACCGGCAAGUAGAAACAUCGGCUUUUAGGAGUCGGGAGCUGAACGGUCAGGAACGGAAUGGUAUUUAUGAGCCGUCAUUUCUUGUACUACUGUAGUGAACCUACCUUGGAUGUGAAGAUUGCCUUUUGUCAGGUGUGUGUUCCUUACAGGUAAAACAAGAUAUUGGCCUUUUUCCUUAGCCCUUUUUCAUCCGAGACAGAAAUUCUUAGUGUCUCCUGAAGCCUCCAAGGAUCCUGGUUGGGAGAUCGUGUUGGAUUUCAACAGCGUUCUCUUCCUAAGCUCUCCCCGAGAUCUGUCCACGUCACCCCGAUGGCGAUGGGGUCUCUCAUUGGAUUUGAUAAACAAGUGGAUGUGUCAUAUAUCUCCAAGCAUUACAACAUGAGCAAAAGCAAAGUUGACAACCAGUUCUACAGUGUGGAAGUGGGAGAUUCGACGUUCACAGUUCUUAAGCGCUACCAGAACCUAAAGCCUAUUGGCUCUGGGGCACAGGGCAUAGUUUGUGCUGCCUAUGAUGCUGUCCUUGACCGAAAUGUGGCCAUUAAGAAGCUCAGCCGACCGUUCCAGAACCAAACCCACGCCAAGAGGGCUUACCGGGAGCUGGUCCUCAUGAAAUGCGUCAAUCAUAAAAACAUUAUCAGUUUAUUAAAUGUCUUCACACCCCAGAAGUCACUUGAGGAGUUCCAAGAUGUAUAUCUGGUAAUGGAGUUGAUGGACGCCAACUUGUGUCAAGUCAUUCAGAUGGAACUGGACCACGAGAGAAUGUCUUACCUUCUCUACCAAAUGCUAUGUGGUAUCAAGCACCUUCACUCUGCCGGGAUCAUUCACAGGGAUUUAAAGCCCAGCAACAUCGUGGUCAAGUCAGACUGCACGCUGAAGAUUCUGGACUUUGGACUGGCCAGAACCGCAGGCACGAGCUUCAUGAUGACUCCUUACGUGGUGACCCGCUAUUACAGAGCACCGGAGGUCAUCUUGGGCAUGGGCUACAAGGAAAAUGUGGAUAUAUGGUCUGUGGGAUGCAUUAUGGGAGAAAUGGUUCGUCACAAAAUCCUCUUUCCAGGAAGGGACUAUAUCGACCAGUGGAACAAAGUCAUUGAACAACUAGGAACACCUUGCCCAGAGUUUAUGAAGAAGUUGCAACCCACAGUGAGAAAUUAUGUUGAGAACAGGCCUAAGUAUGCAGGUCUGACUUUCCCCAAGCUCUUUCCUGACUCCCUCUUCCCAGCUGACUCAGAGCACAAUAAACUCAAAGCCAGCCAAGCCCGGGAUCUUCUGUCCAAAAUGCUGGUGAUUGACCCUGCCAAAAGGAUAUCGGUGGAUGAAGCUUUGCAACACCCAUACAUCAAUGUCUGGUAUGACCCUGCAGAAGUGGAGGCGCCUCCUCCACAGAUAUACGAUAAGCAGCUGGAUGAAAGAGAACACACUAUCGAGGAGUGGAAAGAACUUAUCUACAAGGAAGUAAUGAAUUCUGAAGAAAAGACUAAAAAUGGCGUAGUUAAAGGACAGCCUUCUCCUUCAGGUGCAGCAGUGAACAGCAGCGAGAGCCUCCCCCCAUCCUCGUCUGUCAACGACAUCUCCUCCAUGUCCACUGACCAAACCUUGGCGUCCGACACUGACAGCAGCUUGGAAGCGUCCGCGGGUCCCCUGGGGUGUUGCAGGUGACUGGCCGCCUGCCUGAGGAACCCGACCUUCUUCAGCCGGUGACGCCGUUGAUGCCAAACACGCUAUUUCGGGAGGGAGUGGUGGGGGGGGGGAAUUUAAAAAAGCUGGGGAAACAAAAAAAGAUAUUCAGAAAGGAAGCGAAACACCAUCUAAAAGUGAAAUCAGCCUUUCCGCCCGCUUCUCCUCCAGAGUUAUGUAUCUCAGCUAAGCUCAAGCGUAUAUUUAACUUUGAGUUGUUCUGCUUUGGCCUUCCUCUAUUGAUGGUUCCUGCAGAAAACAAAACACGAAAGAGGUCCCCCCCUCGUUUUUUUUUUUUCUUCACCGAGUGUGAAUUAAAGGCCGCAAACCUAACAGCUUGUGGCGGCCACUCAUUGGCAUGACAGGGUAUGCAAAAACCCUUGAAGCGUGUGUGUAUGUUUCUCUAUCUUCAGCCAACUGCUCCUUCCGGCCCGGUCAGGUGAAUGUAGAUCCAGACCCGCAUGUGUCUGUAUAUGAGCACAGCACAUUUACUUGUAGAGAAUCCAGUACCCCCGGUGCUGUAUAUACACAGUAGGCACUGUAGUUUAACUGACCCAUUUUAUGUCCACUACUGCUACUUCAUAAGUCCAUCUGUAAUAUAUUGCCAGUAUACGAGCUGUUUAGUUUGUUAAUCGAUUAAGUUGUAUGUCUUAUAAGAAAAUUUGUAAAAGGAAAAAAAAGUUGUGAGUAAGCAUUCUCGGACCUUUGAAGAUGUAGUCCCCACCCCCUCCAUUUCAGCUGAUUAAAAGCCUUUACUGA